GGUUGACACCAACUGGUGAACCCACUACAACUGUCACUCGUGGGUCGACAACAACUGGUGAACCCACUACAACUGUCAUUGAUUCAUUAACAACAACUUCUGAACCCACUACAACCGUAAUUGAUUCAUCUACUACAGCUGGUGAACCCACUACAGCCGUCACUGAGUCAACAAAAACAACUGGUGAACCCACUACAACCGACACUGGUGUGUUGACAACAACUGGUGAACCCACUACAAUAUUCACUAGUGUGUUGACAAAAAUGGUUACAGCGUCACCCACUACAUCCGUCACUGGUACAUCAGCAACAACGGCUACAGCUGCACCCACAACAACCGUCACUAGUGCAUCAAAUGUCAACACAACGACAACGGCUACUCCUGUCAUCACUACUGCCAUCGUCACAGCCACGACAACUGCAACUACCGCUGUUGCAAUCACUAGGGUUCCUGUGGUGUUCAGGUCCAGAGGAGAGACAUUUACCUCUGAUCUAUCAAACCCAUCAUCUCAGGCCUUUCAAACAAGAGCAUUACUGAUUAAAACUCAGCUUGAACCUUUCUAUCGAUCGGCUUUCACCUCUUUCAACAGUUUGGAUGUGACAGAAUUCAGCUCUGGAUCCAUCAUCAAUACUGUAAAUGUAGCAUUCAGCUCCCCCUCGGUGCCUAAUAUCACAGAGAUUGGCACUGUUUUGAUAAAUGCUGCGCAAAACAUCACAGCUUUGGAAAUUGACCCCAACUCAGUGACGGUCAACAGCACAGCUGCAGCCACAAAAACUCUUACCAGUGCAAUAACAACGAGUGGCUUAUCGACAAGAACUGGUGAACCCACUACAUCCGUCACCAGUGUGUCGACAAUGAGUGGUGCAUCAACAACUGCUGUUACAGCCGAACCCGCUGCAACUGUCAUUGAUGCACCGACAACAACAGCUUCUCCUGCAACAAGUUCUGUUCCUCCUACAACUUCUGUUACUACCACUGUGGCUGGUACUACCACCACAACAACUGGAGAACCUGUCACUGUUCCUGCUACCGUUACUACAACUAGGCCCACAACUACAACCACUACAUAUGUGGCCCCCACAACUACAGUGUCAAGGACAACAUCACCACUGUCAACAACCAGCACAGCUUCAACUACAACAACCAACGCAACAACCACUACUACAACACCUAUUACUACUACUAGUACAGCAACAACAACAACUGCAACAACAACAACUACAACUGCACAUCUUCAACCUGCUCCACUGGUGUCUUUCGUCAUACAACAAGUGUUUGUAGAAGCUUUAAAUGACCCUCAAAGUACACAAUUCCAAGAACUUGCAAUAACUAUUACUGCAGUGUUCGAUGUGAUCUACAAAGCAAAAUACGGGAUCCUUUUCAUCCGGACGAUUGUUCUUGGAUUCACACCUAUUUUCCAUUCCCGUAUGGAUGCAGAAACACAGGCAGAGGUCCAACUCGUGUUCAACGAGACCUCCACUCAAUCUGUCCCUGAGCUUACUGACAUUAGAAAUACACUGAAAGAGGCUGUGACCAAUCCAAACGAUUUCUUUGGCAACCUCUCAGUGGAUGUUACCACCAUCAUUGUUAAAGCUGCUCCUGCAACAAGUUCUGUUCCUCCUACAACUUCUGUUACUACCACUGUGGCUGGUACUACCACCACAACAACUGGAGAAUCUGUCACUGUUCCUGCUACCGUUCCUACAACUAGGCCAACAACUACAACCACUACAUAUGUGGCCCCCACAACUACAGUGUCAAGGAAAAAAUUACCACUGUCAACAACCAGCACAGCUUCAACUACAACAACCAACGCACCAACUACCACAACAACACAUACUACUACUACUAGUACAACAACAACAACUACUGCACAUCUUCAACCUGCUCCACUGGUGUCUUUCGUCAUACAACAAGUGUUUGUAGAAGCUUUAAAUGACCCUAAAAGUACACAAUUCCAAGAACUUGCAAUAACUAUUACUGCAGUGUUUGAUGUGAUCUACAAAGCAAAAUAUGGGAUCCUUUUCAUCCGGACGAUUGUUCUUGGAUUCACACCUAUUUUCCAUUCCCGUAUGGAUGCAGAAACACAGGCGGAGGUCCAACUGGUGUUCAACCAGACCUCCACUCAAUCUGUCCCUGAGGUUACUGACAUUAGGGAUACACUGAAAGAAGCAGUUGCCAAUCCAAACAUUACCUUUGGCAACAUCUCUGUGGAUGUUACCACCAUCAUUGUUCAAGUGCCCACCACAAAUAAAAACACAACUACAACGGCUACUCCUGUCAUCACUACUGCUAUCAUCACAACUACAACCACUGAAACUACCGUUGUGCCACUCACUAAGGUGACUGUGGUGUUCCGGUCCAGUGGAGAGACAUUUACCUCUGAGCUAUCAAACACAUCUUCUCAGGCCUUUCAAACCCGAGCAUUACUGAUUAGAACUCAGCUUGAUCCUUUCUAUCGAUCAGCUUUCACCUCUUUCAACAGUUUGGAUGUGACAGAAUUCAGCUCUGGAUCCAUCAUCAAUACUAUGAAUUUAGCAUUCAGAUCCUCCUCUGUCCCAAAUUCCAUGGAGAUUGGCACUGUUUUAAUAAAUGCCGCCCAAAAAAUCACAGCUUUCAACAUUGACCCCACCUCAGUGAGAGUCAACGACACAGCCGUGACCUCAAGUGGAAUAAGCAGCAAGACCAGUUUAUGCACAGCAUUCUUUCUGGUGGUUCUGUCGCUGCUACUGUCAAGCCAGCAUUAGUCUCAGUGGCAACGCCCACUAAAAACACUAUUUCACUCACUGGCAAGCAGCAGAACGAAAUAGUGUGUGUAGUCAUAUUUUCACUUUGAAAACUUCCCACACAUUCCAACCCCUAGCCCAAUUCCACCCAUGAUUUGAAUAGUGUCCAAAAAUGAAAUCAAGUCUUGUAAAGCUGACAUAAGAUACACUAUUUGUGGCAGUUGAACACAACCAUGUGAUAUAAUUACUGCCUAUUCAAUCAAAUUGUGUAAGUGUAUGGGUUUCCGUCAUAAGUCAAUGUUAUUUCCAUGCAAUGAAAAAUAAUGUUUGAUUUAAUAUCAAGGCUAUUUUUGAUUCGCUCCUGUUGCUGAUAUGAACUAAAACGUUGAUUCACUCUGUUGCUGUUAUGAACUAAUGAGAGCAAUAUUUUAUUUUAUAUUUUGACUUAACCUGUGAAACCUGGAUAAAUGAUUUAAAUAAGGCCCUUUUUGAGCAAAA